GCUCGGUAACAUCUUUCCUAGUACAAUAUAUGAAAAUUGACUGGGACCUUUCUGGAGAACUGGCUUUAGGGAUCUUCUCAGCAGUAGACGCCGGCUCUCUGUUUCUCAUGCACUUCGCUGCCAACAUCUGGGCCUGUUAUGCCGGCUAUCUCCUCUUCAAAGCAUCCUAUAUGCUCCUCAUCACAAUAGCAACGUUCCAGAUCGCCGUCACCCUGAGCGCGGAACUCUAUGCCUUGAUGUUCGGGGUCAACAACUUCGUGGCACUGGCGAUCCAGAGCAUCCUCACAGUGGUCGUGGUGGAUUCCAGAGGCCUGGGGCUGGACAUAGUGACUCAGUUUUUAAUUUAUGGCAGCUACUUUGCAGUCAUAGCUGGGAUUUUCUCACUUGGAAGCAUUUGCACGCUUGUCUCAAGCCAAUGCCGAAGGAAAACAUUAAGAUCUUGCCAAGAGCAUCCAAACUGUGCCGAACAGGAAUCGAAAGAGCAGCCUGUCCCCGGCAACACGACGCGGCUGUAG